UGUGCUCCCCUUCCCUUCCCUUGAGGACUUGUUCAUCGGUUCCUCCCCCUCCCCCUCCUCUCGCGCUCACACAAUUUAUACUCAUCCCCCGACUACCACUGGCCUAGCUACUACGUGCUGCGCUGCCCCUCCGACGACGCCAUGGCCAUGGCCGCCACGUCGUGCGCGCUCGUCCCCGCCUUUGUGGCCGGCCGGCGCCGCGCGCCGCCCCGCCGCCGUGCCGCGGCCACCGUGGUUCGCUGCUCCCUCGACAGCAACGUCUCCGACAUGGGUGUCAACGCGCCCAAGGGACUGUUCCCGCCGGAGCCCGAACACUACAGGGGGCCAAAGCUCAAGGUCGCCAUCAUAGGUGCCGGCCUCGCUGGCAUGUCCACCGCCGUGGAGCUAUUGGACCAGGGCCAUGAGGUUGAUCUGUACGACUCCCGCACGUUUAUCGGCGGCAAGGUCGGUUCUUUUGUCGACAAGCAAGGGAACCAUAUCGAAAUGGGCCUGCAUGUCUUCUUCGGCUGUUACAGCAACCUUUUCCGCCUUCUGAAGAAGGUUGGGGCUGAAAAUAAUCUACUAGUCAAGGAUCACACCCAUACUUUCGUGAACAAAGGGGGCGUCAUUGGUGAACUUGAUUUUCGGUUCCCUGUCGGAGCUCCAUUGCAUGGUAUACAAGCAUUCUUACGAACUAACCAACUCAAGGUUUAUGAUAAAGCAAGAAAUGCAGUUGCUCUUGCUCUAAGUCCAGUUGUUCGAGCUCUUGUUGAUCCAGAUGGUGCAUUGCAGCAAGUACGAGACUUGGAUGAUGUGAGUUUCAGCGAUUGGUUCAUGUCCAGAGGUGGUUCUCGAGAGAGCAUCACAAGAAUGUGGGAUCCUGUUGCUUAUGCUCUUGGUUUCAUCGACUGCGAUAAUAUCAGUGCUCGUUGCAUGCUUACUAUUUUUACCCUGUUUGCCACAAAGACAGAGGCUUCUUUGUUACGCAUGCUAAAGGGCUCACCUGAUGUUUACUUAAGUGGCCCAAUAAAAAAGUACAUAACAGACAGGGGUGGCAGGUUUCACUUGAGGUGGGGGUGCAGAGAGGUUAUCUAUGAGAAGUCGUCUGAUGGCCAGACCUAUGUUAAAGGCCUUCGCAUCUCCAAGGCUACGAGCAGUGAGAUAAUCAAAGCUGAUGCAUACGUUGCAGCUUGUGAUGUCCCAGGGAUCAAAAGACUACUGCCGGCAGAAUGGAGGGAAUGGGAUAUGUUUGACAACAUAUACAAAUUAGAUGGUGUUCCUGUAGUCACUGUUCAGCUUCGCUACAAUGGAUGGGUUACUGAAGUCCAAGACCUUGAGAAAUCAAGACAAUCACAAAAGGCGGUUGGCUUGGAUAAUCUGCUCUAUACUCCAGAUGCGGACUUCUCCUGUUUUUCAGACCUUGCACUUUCAUCUCCUGCUGACUACUACAUUGAAGGACAAGGCUCCCUGAUCCAAGCUGUGCUAACUCCUGGUGAUCCUUACAUGCCAUUGCCGAAUGAGGAGAUCAUUAGCAAGGUUCAGAAACAGGUCUUAGAUUUGUUUCCAUCAGCUCGAGGCUUGGAAGUUACAUGGUCCAGCGUGGUAAAGAUCGGACAAUCGUUGUACCGUGAAGCUCCUGGAAAUGACCCAUUUAGACCUGAUCAGAAGACGCCAGUUAAAAAUUUCUUCCUGUCUGGCUCGUACACGAAACAGGACUAUAUCGACAGCAUGGAGGGAGCAACUCUCUCUGGUAGGCGGACAGCAGCCUACAUCUGCGGUGCUGGAGAGGAGCUGUUAGCCGUCCGGAAGAAGCUUGUUGUUGAUGACAGCGAGAAGGCGUUGGGGAAGGUUCAAGUGCUCCAGACGAGUUAAAACCAUAUGCUGGAAUGCCCAAACCAUUCUGGGUUGUUGGUGAUUGCCACAGCGAUUUCUGUAAAUCCUCUUUGAGCAAUAGCUUUUGCCGCUGCCUUUGAGCCUUGACACCUUUGCCUGUCGCGUGUUCCCAUCUCACAAUCGCAACCAGGUGUCUAGGUGGCAUACAGGAUCACAUCAGGCAGCGUGUAUGUUCAGUUAGACCUUAGCCAGUCAUUGCAAUGAUUGUUCUUAUAUAGUGCACAUUUUCUUACAAUUAUCCUGGGAAAUGUAAGAAUUUUGUCUGGGGAGAUACCACAGCGAUGACCAGCGAUUAUAUUAUUUCUGUGGCUAAAGCCAUUUCCCGAUA